CUGAUAUCUGCUCGAGAACUGCUCAGAUCCGCUCAGAAUCCCUCGCAUGUCUUCAUUCAUCUCCAGUUUUCUGUCAUGGAUGUCAUCAGGAGCUGCUCUAAACGAGUUUUAUCGCGUGUGUUCGUCGCUUUCGUGCUGUGGAGGAGUGUGUGCUGUAUCUCAGUAGUGGCUCCAGCAGAGGUCAGCGUGGUCAGAGGAUCCACCGUCACCCUGACCUGCUCCUUCAGCUCCUCCAGCAGAAUCACCAGCCGCAUGUCCAUCGACUGGACCUUCAGACCUGAGAGCGGCGGGCCGGCCAUCACAAUCUUUCACUUCUCGUCUCAGGCGUAUCUGCCGGAGGAUGAUUAUUUUAAGGGUCGUGUGAAGUGGGCCGGCAGCCCGUCGCGGGGCGAAGCAUCGAUCCAGCUGCUGAACGCCUCUCUCACUGAUAACGGCACGUACACCUGCGCCGUACGCAACCCCCCCGACGUGCACGGACACCCGGCCCAGACCGUCCUCACCGUCACACCCCAGAGACGCUCGGUGACGUUCACAGAUGUGGGUGUGCUGCUGGUGUUUGUUCUGCUGCCGUCAGGAAUCAUCACACUGGUGCUGCUGGGACGAAUCCUGUGUCCGUGCUGCUCUGUGUCCGAGAAGCGUCCCGCCGCCCAUCACUCGCCCAUCGAGGAGGUCACUGGAGAGGAGUACUUCUACAUCCAGACACAGCAGAAACCUCGCCUGUGCUGCUGCUACUUCAGGGAUUAUGAAUAUGAGGACGACUACAUGAUGGAUGAAAAACCUCACGAACACACCUUCACUGAGUCACAGUGUUAGACCAGCAACUCCUGAGUGUGUGUGUGUGUGUCAGUGUUAGUGUGUCUUUGUGUGUGUUAGUGUGUGUGUGUGUGUGUGUGUGUGUCAGUGUGUGUGUCAGUGUAA